AUGCCGCCUCAAGAAAUUGUCGAAUCAACUAUAGAAGGUCCACAGUUAUUCCGACGGGAAGAGAUAACAAAGCUAGCAAACUGGCGGGAUGAAAAAGAACAACAAAAAAACCUUUCGAAAACACCAUGGUAUAUAAUUAUAGACAAUAAAGUUUAUGAUAUUCGAGAAUUCGUAGGAGAGCAUCCGGGUGGUUCAGUUAUUUUGACACAUAUUGGAAAAGACGCCACAGACGCGUUUUACAACUUUCAUCCUGAAAGUACGUUUGAGAUAUUGUCUAAUUAUUACGUUGGAGAUCUUGAGCCCGCUGAUUUUUCUAUUGUAAAAAACGGAUUUACAAAAGAAUUACGUGAACUUAAAGAACACUUUAAACAAUUAAACUAUUACGAAUCCUCGAAAAGUUAUUAUGUCUUUAAAAUACUAUCAAAUCUUACUAUUUGGGCAAUAUCCUGUGUUAUCUUGGCACAUUAUGGCAAUACCUUAAUGGGAAUUUUCUCAUCUGCUACUUUAAUGGGAUUAUUUUGGCAACAAUGUGGUUGGCUUUCCCACGAUUUUCUUCAUCAUCAGGUAUUCGAGAAGAGAACAUACAACAAUCUGGUGGGUGGUGCAUUUCUUGGUAGUGUCUGUCAAGGAUUUACACCUAGUUGGUGGAAGGACAAGCAUAAUACUCAUCACGCUGCACCCAAUGUACACGGACAAGAUCCCGAUAUUGAUACUCAUCCACUUCUCACUUGGUCUGUAUAUGCGCUGACUGAUAUGUUUGAACCGGACUUUGCAGAAAAAUUCAUCAAAUCAAGGGGAUUCUCGCCGAGCACCUCACGUUUCUUGAUCAAAUACCAAACAUUACUCUACUUCCCGAUACUGGCAUUUGCGCGAUUCUCUUGGUUAGCACAAAGCAUGUUGUUUAUUCUCCCUGAUGGCCAAAAUGGCAAAUCGGUGAAAAUGCCCGUGACAACGGCAGAGCAAAUUGGGCUGGGCAUUCAUUAUGCUUGGGUGGCCACUUUGAUCUGGUUGUACAUACCCAAAAUUUCACUUGCUAUCACUUUCUUGAUUUCUUCACAAAUGAUAUGCGGAUUAUUUUUAGCGCUGGUGUUCUCGUUGAAUCAUAAUGGAAUGCGAGUAUUGACAGAGGAAGAAUCGCAGAAUAUGGGUUUCUUUGAGGAACAAGUGGUCACUGGACGUGAUGUGAUAUCUGCAAUUCCAGCAUAUCAGUGGUGGAUCGAUUGGUUUACCGGUGGAUUGAAUUAUCAGAUUGAACACCAUCUCUUUCCAUCCAUUCCACGACAUCAUUUUCAUAAAAUACAGCCGACAAUAGAGAAACUUUGUAUAAAAUACAAAAUACCUUACCAUAGAACAACCUUUUGGGCGGGGACCUGGGAGGUAUUUUCAAAGUUGGAAGAAGUAACGGCAAAAAGUGAAACGUUAUUAAAUUAA